AUGGAAACGUUUCAAUUUGAAUCCUAUGAGGCUAUGGUGGAUAGUAGUUCCCCACUGGUGAAACAGUUCCCUGGUAUGGAUAUCGGUUCAUUCCGAAAGCUACACUACUUUGAACUCUUGACUCAUGUCAUCGGAUGUGUCUUCUACUCAUUCUACUUAAUUCUUUUUCUGGUACACGGAAAAACUUUCUUCAUUGCCCCUCACACCUUUUAUGCCAUCUUUCUUAUUCAAAUUAUCAGUUUUGGAGCAUCACUUGCUAUCCAAAAGUUUUCAUUUGCUGUUAACAAUGUGGAAUAUGCAACAUACUCCUACAUACCAUAUCUUCCAAAAUUUAUCGCUUCUGUUUGUGAUCGUGUAGUUGUUUCACAAAUGCCAUUGUAUUGGUUUGUGAUCACUGCAUUCUUGAUUAUUCAGAUCGCCCAGUUUUCUAGCCAAAAUCCUCGAAGCAUCCGUUUUGCUCACAUUUACCUGUUCCCUAUUGGCAUAGUUAUUUUCCUCAUUGCUAUCACUACACCUGACCAUAUGAAACAUUUUAUGAUCGUCGUCUGUUUUCUAAUCUGGUGGAUUUAUCGCAAACAUAUGGUCGCCCAAUUGUAUAGCCAAGAAAUGUCCGCCAAAGACAUAUUGAAUAUGCGCCGGAUGAACAUCUGGUUGUCGUGCCAGAUAUUUGCGACGUUGAUGUUUCAUCUCGUCGAACUGGGGGUCACGUUGGCUAUUAAAUCAUCUGUAAUGGAUACUAAUCGGCAAACAUAUUACGGCUUCUACAGAAAUGAGGUGUUCCGAGGUAUCAUGUGUAUUGCAACCUACAUAAAUGCACUUCUCUUUGUAUGGGCAACGAUCGACUUUGUUAAAACUAACCCGAAUAAGGAAAUCACAACUCUUCCAGUCUUCGUUGGGGGAUCUCUCCAGAUGGAAUCAUUUUCUCGUCGUCCAUCAGCAAUUUCAGCGUUUUCUCUGAACAAUGUGGCUCCUCUUACACCAAGAGAUGCAAAUAUGUUACACAUUUAA